UGCGGCACCGGGGGCUGAGGUGGGCACCGGGCACCGACCGCAGCUCCCCCCGCCCGGACCCCCGUCCGGCCCCGGCACCGAUCCCGGGGAGCGGCGCGAUGGGCGGGGAGGACGAGAUCGUGCGCAUUGCCAGGCGCCUGGACAAGAUGGUGGCCAAGAAGAACGCGGAAGGUGCAAUGGAUUUACUGAAAGAACUGAAAAGUAUGCCUAUGACUUUGGAUUUACUGCAGUCCACCCGCAUUGGGAUGUCAGUGAACGCACUGAGGAAGCAGAGCACAGAUGAAGAGGUGAUAUCACUUGCCAAAUCCCUCAUCAAAUCUUGGAAGAAACUUCUAGAUGCUUCUGAAGAAAAAAAUGAGGAGAAAAAGAAAAGCCUGUCUUUGCCAACAUCUUCCUCCAGGGAGACUGGUAACUCAAAAGACCAAAGCUCCAACAAAAGGCAGGAGCCUCCAAAGACUCCGACUACCCCUAAAAUCACCACCUUCCCUCCGGCCCCCAUCACCUGCGACGCUGUGCGCAACAAAUGCAGGGAGAUGCUGACAGCAGCUCUUCAGGCUGAUGACGACUACAUCACCAUCGGUGCCGACUGCGAGCACAUAGCAGCCCAGAUUGAAGAGUGCAUCUACCAGGAUGUCAAGAACACCGACAUGAAAUACAAAAACCGCGUGAGGAGCCGCAUCUCCAACCUGAAGGACUCCAAAAAUCCAGAGCUGAAAAAGAACGUGCUGUGUGGGGCCAUCACCCCCGAGCAAAUCGCGGUGAUGACCUCGGAGGAAAUGGCCAGUAAUGAACUGAAAGAGAUCAGGAAAGCCAUGACAAAAGAAGCAAUCCGGGAGCAUCAGAUGGCCAAGACAGGAGGGACACAGACUGACCUCUUCACCUGCGGGAAAUGCAAGAAGAAGAACUGCACCUACACCCAGGUGCAGACCCGCAGCUCUGAUGAGCCCAUGACCACGUUCGUCGUGUGCAAUGAGUGUGGGAAUCGCUGGAAGUUCUGCUGACAUGUGCCAUGGCCUGAGAGCGGCAGCCAAACGCAGACCUGAGCGCAGCCUCCACACGCCGGCUCCCACGGCAGUUGUGUUUUGUGUCCCAGUGAGUUUGCAUUGUCACACGCUGAGAGCAGCAGCGGGGAGGCCUGAGCCUCGCAGAGAGCCACAGCCCUGGGCUGACAGGUUGGCAGGAGAGCUCACUAAACACACCCAGUCAUUUCUUUCUCAUCUAAGCGAGUACGGUCACUUUCUCUUCAAAACUAAUAUUAAACAUUUUUGUCAGUUUCUGACUUUUAUUUCAA